AUGGUUUUGAAAGUAAUCAUUUUAGGCCACUCCUAUAUCACCAGACUGCAAGGCUACACUGAGAUUUUCCUCGUCAACAUAAAAGGAGUGAAACAUGUUAUUGUAGGACAGCUUUUAAAAAGGCGCUCCGACUUGUUUAAUGACUCCAUA